AUGCCCCGCCGUCGCAAGCCGCCCCGGCCGGGCGCCCUCGCCGACCUGCCCCCCCUCCGGAUCGCCUCGCAAAUCGCCGCGCUGCAGGGUCUCUACUACGCCGCGGCGCUGGUGCUCAUGCUCUUCACGGCGCUCGUGGCCGGCACGGGUUUCAGCAUGGAGCUGGUGUUCGGGUGGGAGGGCGUCCGCGGGGACACGACGCAGGGAUGGCUGGGUGCUUUCGUCUGGGUUCUCGAUGGGGGGCUUUGCAUGGCCGUCGCGAUCAUCAUCCUUAUAGGCCGCUCCAAGCUCGUCCCCGACUUCGCCCUCACGAUGCACGGGAUCCACCUCGUCGUCACCUCGCUCUACACGGGCCGCGUGCCGCGGAACAUGAUGUGGUGGGGCGCCAUGGCCACCAGCGCGGCCGUGUGCGUGGCGCUCGCGAUCUGGGGGUCGCAGUACCGCGAGCUGAGGCCGAUAUCGUUCGGGGGCCACGGCGGGAACGCCGCGGCGGCCGCUGCUGCCGGGAAUGCGGAGGCGCAGAACGGUGGUGCCGUCGGGGACGAGGAGGAGGGAGGCGUCGGGUUCGGGAGGGGUAGAGGGAGGGGGAGGGGGAGGGACGGGGAAGGAGGGUAUGAGAUGGUCGGGAUCGAGAGGAGGGAUUCUUGA